GGUUACUCCACAUUGUGUCCAGUGAGCUCUGCAGCAGGAUAAUUGCAGAGGGAAAUCCGAUUCAAUUGAAGCUAUUUGGGUUAACGUAGUACCACUGAGAGCUCGAUAUCUUUUUGUUUCUUCCCACCCCAGCCAUGUUCACCGUCCCAGGUUGGUCGGUUUCGGGCUCUGCUCUUAAAGCGCAGACCGAACAAUCUCAGACUCAGCCUCAGCGGGCCAAUGGAACCCCCAAACCCAAGGAUAAGAACAACAAGCGCAAGCGCGAUGAUCAUGUCACCAAGGCAAAUGUCGGUGAGAUGUAUCGCCGGCAUAUCGAGGGCCAGACAGACAAGCCUAAACCUUGGAAUAAGGGACUGAACAAUUCUAUAAAGCCCGAGAAAAAACAGAAGAAGGAACAGAAUGUGCAAGGCAAUGCUGAAAAACGCCCGUCAGUAUCACAAGGAGAGGAUGAAUCCAAGCUGGAUAAGCAGAUGAAGCCCGAUAUUGGUGAAGGCAAGAAGGCGGAUAAGAAACAGAAGAAGAACAAAAACAAGCAACAACAGCAGGAAACGCAGAAUGGUACCACCGAGAAGACUACGAAGGAGGCUUCGGCAACCACUGAGUCCUUACUUCAUGCUCCGCCUAAGACGGAGGCAAUCCUUACCCCUCUUCAGCAAGCCAUGCGCCAGAAGCUGAUCUCCUCUCGUUUCCGCCACCUGAACGAAACCCUCUACACUACGCCGUCCAGCAAGGCUCUUGAGUUGUUUACUGCCAGUCCAGAACUGUUCGACGAAUACCAUGCUGGUUUUUCGCGUCAAGUGAAAGAAUCCUGGCCUUUGAAUCCCGUUGAUGGUUAUAUCCAGACUAUCCGUUCCAGAGCAAAGGUACCGGCUGCUCCUAGAAGGGGAGACAAAAACGACAGCAAGAGUCGCAUCCCACUACCUCGGCGACCCAAUGGAAACUGUACCAUAGCCGAUCUUGGCUGUGGUGACGCUCAACUUGCUCGUACACUCAUCCCUUCGGCAAAGAAGCUCAAGUUGAACCUCCUCAGCUAUGAUUUGCAUGCUCCUGAAGGCUCCCCUAUCACCAAGGCAGACGUUUCAAACCUGCCAGUUGACGAUGGAACCGUUGAUGUGGCCAUCUUCUGUCUCAGUCUCAUGGGCACUAACUGGGUAUCAUUCGUGGAAGAAGCAUGGCGGGUACUGCGUGGUGAUGGCAAGGGUGAAUGCUGGGUAAGCGAGGUUAAAAGCCGCUUUGGCAAAGUGGUACGCAAGAAGGCGCAGAUUGGAGCUAGGAAACCAAUGAGCAAGUCAGAGAAGAAGAAGCUGAAGAAGAAGCGCGGAGGGGAUGACGCUGACUCUGAUCUCGACGACGCGGAGGUCUACGCUGAAGAUGCUCGUCCUACCGAUGAUGACGAAACAGAUAUUUCGGCCUUUAUUGAAGUGUUUCGCACGAGAGGCUUCUUUCUCAAGCCGGAAUCGGUGGACAAGUCGAACAAAAUGUUUGUGAAGAUGGUAUUUGUAAAACAGGGUGCGCCGACCAAGGGCAAGCAUGUCUCUGCUGUGGGUACCAAACCUGGGCCAGGCAAGAAGAGGUUCAUCGAGAAACCAAUCGAUGCCGGCAACAGUAUGUCCCCUGAGGAAGAAGCUGCUGUUUUGAAACCCUGUGUCUAUAAGAUUAGGUAGAAGGACAGGAAGUAUGUAUGGCAAUUUGUAUAUUAAAACCAUCCUUGAAGUCAACAGUGUCAGUGAGAUCCGAUCCGUUCGGAACAAAAAUUACAAAUCAUUAGACAAAUCUUUUUCUAUUCGACUUUCAGAACUAAUACCAGCCCACGUAUGACAAGUAUUCUCAAUAUAACGUAUAGGCUCGUCACAAUCAUUGUGCAUUAUUUCCUCGCUCAUUGAUUCCCACCCAAUGUUGCAACAGCCCGUCCCAUCU